GAGAUAGAGACGAGGGGGAAAGAUGGCGACGCAGGAGAGCGACGCGGCGAAAGACACCGCGAGCAACGGCGAGGUGAGCAGCAAUGGAACUGUUGCAGCAACAGAUGACCAGACUGUGCAGACGGCUGCAGAUGCACAGGACCCUCAGCAGCCGCCAGCGCAGCCAGCACCAAAUGCCUGGCAGGUCAUCAAAGGAGUCCUCUUCAGAAUCUUCAUAAUAUGGGCGAUCAGUAGUUGGUUCCGUCGAGGACCGUCCACGCCUGACCCCAGCACGCCAGCUGGGGCACCCAGAGUACCCAGCAGGAACCUCUUCCCCAAGGACACCCUCAUGGACCUGUAUGUUUAUGUGUCCCAGGACGAGGUGUUCUCUGACUUCAACAACACAGAAUCCCUGUUCUGGUUCCACAGGGACCUGGUCUAUGGAGACUGGAACAUGGGAGAGGAAGGGGACGGCUGCUACGAGCGCUAUGAGGAGAUUGACAUCCCAGAGGCAGUUCAGAAAAACGGUUCCCUUUUCAUGCACGUCUACUUCACUAAAAGUGGAUUCCACCCAGACCCUAAACGCAAGGCACAGUAUCGCAGACUGGCAACAGUUCAUUCAACAAGAAUGCUGAAUAAAUUCAAACGAAGGAAGUUUAUGAAGACCAAGAAUUUGCUAACAGGAGAAACAGAAGCAGAUCCUGAAGUCAUCAAGCGAGCAGAGAGCCACGGUCCAGUGGAGAUUAUUUCUCAUUGGCAUCCCAACCUCACCAUCAACAUAGUAGAUGACCACACAGCCUGGGUCAAAGGCUCUGUUCCACCUCCUCUAGACCAACAUGUGAAGUUUGAUGCAGUCAGUGGCGACUACUACCCCAUCGUGUACUUCAACGACUACUGGAACCUGCAGAAAGAUUACUACUCCAUCAACGAGACCCUGACAAAGCUGCCGCUGCGUCUCAACUACUGCCCACUGUCCUUGUGGCGCUGGCAGCUGUAUGCUGCCCAGAACGCUCGCUCACCAUGGAACUUCCUGCCUGAGGACACUAUUGAGCAGUCUGAUGAAGACCAGGACUCUGUGAAGGUGGCCCUUUUGGAAACCAACCCAUACCUGCUUGGAAUCACCAUUGUUGUCUCCAUUGUGCACAGCAUCUUUGAGUUUCUUGCCUUCAAGAACGAUAUCCAGUUCUGGAACAGCAGACAGUCUCUUGAAGGUCUGUCUGUCCGGUCCAUCAUAUUUGGAGUGUUUCAGUCCCUGGUAGUGCUGCUGUACAUACUCGACAACGAAACCAACUUCGUGGUGCAGGUCAGCGUCUUCAUCGGUCUUCUCAUUGACUUCUGGAAAAUCACCAAGGUCAUGGACGUCAAACUGGACAGAGAGAAUAAAAUCUUUGGGUUAAUCCCAAGAAUUGCAUUCAAUGACAAGUCAACAUACGUGAAGUCUUCAACCAAAAUCUAUGACGACAUGGCCUUCAAGUACCUCUCAUGGCUGCUCUACCCUCUGUUCGGCUGCUAUGCUGUCUACAGUUUAUUGUACGUAGAGCACAAAGGCUGGUACUCGUGGGUGCUCAGCAUGCUGUAUGGCUUCUUGUUAACCUUUGGUUUCAUUACAAUGACGCCGCAGCUAUUCAUCAACUACAAAAUGAAGUCUGUGGCCCACCUCCCAUGGAGGAUGCUCACCUACAAGGCUCUGAAUACCUUUAUUGAUGACCUGUUUGCCUUCGUCAUCAAGAUGCCCAUGAUGUACAGGAUUGGAUGCCUCAGAGAUGAUGUGGUAUUCUUCGUCUACCUUUACCAGCGCUGGAUCUACCGGGUUGAUCCCAACAGGUUCAACGAGUUUGGCACCAGCGGAGUAGACCACGACCCAAACAAGACACCGACAGUAGACGGUGCUCCCGCAGUAGAAGGUGCUCCCGCAGUAGAAGGUGCUCCUGCAGCAGAUGAUCCUGCAGCAGACGAUGCUCCCGUGGUAGAAGGUGCUUCUGAAGCAGGUGAUCCCACAGCAGACGAUGCUCCCGCAGUAGAGGAUUCUGCCGCAGAGGAUGAUCCUGAAGAAGACGAUCCUGCAGAAGACGAUGCUCCCGCAGCGGCCACCCUCACAGACAAACCGAAGGGGGAGAAGAAGAACGAUUAAGCAAGACCACGCCCUCACUGCCGGGGCGAAGAGGACUUGUGAAAACAAGGCAGGGAAGGGAGUUGUCGUUUAGCUGUCAUGGACACCGCUCCAAAAAAAGAUGCAGUUCAUCUGUUCCCUCUGAUUUCUGUGUGGAUCCACAGAGAAUCAUUCAGUGUAGACUUGGUAAAUUCUUAUUUCUGUUUCCCGCUCCAUCCCUGCCCUCUCGUUUUGCGGUUCAAGUGAAGUAAAACAAAAUGUGUUGUACUGUAUUCUGUUUGAUUUCUCAGAGGGUAACAGUGUCUUGGAGUAGAGGUUGGGAGGGGACCGGGUCGCAGUUAUGCUAUACCUUUCUUAUUUUAUACAGGGAAGAAAUAGGCCAAGUGCAACUUUUGUUAUUUGUGUCGAUUCCUUGUGAAUUUUUAUUUUCAUUCCAUGUGAGCACCGUGUUUCCAAAGCCUGGAAACCGGUGAGUAGUGCUGGAGGAAAACUUGAAAGGUCCUGAGCCACGAUGGAGGAUGAAGAGGGGAGGGGACUGGAGGCGAGAUGGACGACCCUAUAGGACACUACCCACAAGACAGUGACUGCUACCCUCAAUUUUAAACAAAUGGUUAAUGUUCUUAACUUGAACACAAAAAAUAACAGCCUUGUUGGUAUUAAUAUAAAUAUAUUAAUAUUGUCAAUGACUUAAUUUGUUUUUCGGUCACUGAAACAUUUUUUUUUUGUAUGUCCUCAAACUGUACAGAAUUUCAGCUUGUCAUGUUAAUAAUACAGAUGUCAAAACUGUCUAGCAAUACCUAAUUUGCAAGUUAAAUUUUUAAUUUCCCCCCCUUGACUGGAUGCCUGAUUUUCACAUGUUUCAAGCUCUGAGCCAAAUCACCUGGACAGACCGGGUGGGGACUGUCAGGUGUGUGUGUGCUGGAACAGUUACAGUGUCUCUUGUUGUUGAGUUCUGUAAAAUCCUGAAACAAAGAGGGUUCGAUGUUGGUUCAUAUUAAAUUUUGAGCAUUCAUGUUUAUAGUAAAACUUAAGUGUGAUUUAAAAUGUC